CCUUCCCAGACGCUGACCUUUUCUGGCGGGUCAUUUUCUAUCGUUGUUAAUUAACAGAAUUGGUAAAUAUAAACGAAUACUUGCAUUUUGAUCAGAAGGUUUUCCAGAUUCUAAAUUCAAUUCCUCAUUUCCCCUACGAAGAAGAAAAUAAUCAAAUAAGUAAAAGAAAAGAAUUGACAAAUGGCCAGAGUUUCAGUGUUCAGAGGCGCUGCUUGUAGCCGCUUACCUCUGAUUCAUCACUCUCAGUUGCCUGUAUCAAUAUGUGUAUCAGCCAGGAAGUUCAGAUAUGGCCGUAAUAAAUUUGCCCUCUCUGCUCGAUACUCGCAGUCACAGGACCUCUUUACCACCCGUCUUCAAGAUAGUAUUCAGAACUUGCCCAAACUUGUGGAGGAUAUUGUCCAGACAUCCAUAAAUACAGGUCCUCGUGGAGCUCUCAGAUUAGCUCAAGGUAUCCAAGCAGUUAUUGGUGUUGGUAGCGAGUGGCUAACUGAUGCUUCUAAGACAGCAAAUUCAUCUGGUGGACUAGCGACUGAGCUGCAGCUCGGAUUAUUAUCACCUGUUUAUUUGAGGAAAUUAUUCGAGCGCUUGGGGGCAACAUAUAUUAAAUUAGGUCAGUUCAUAGCAUCUGCACCAACAUUAUUUCCUCCAGAGUAUGUACAGGAGUUCCAGUACUGUUUUGACAGAGCUCCUUCAGUUCCCUUCCAAGAGAUUCAGUCGAUAUUGCGUGAGGAGUUAGGCAAGCCCAUUGAUACUGUAUUUGAGUACGUGGAUCCUACACCAAUAGCUUCUGCUUCCAUAGCACAGGUGCAUGGUGCUAGGAUAAGGGACACCCAAGAGGAUGUAGUUAUUAAGGUGCUAAAACCAGGAAUAGAGGACAUCUUGGUGGCAGAUUUGAACUUUGUAUAUAUUGUUGCACGGAUAUUGGAAUUUUUGAGUCCCGACCUAAGCCGAGCAUCUCUGGUUGCUAUUGUCAAAGACAUAAGGGAGUCAAUGCUUGAAGAGGUUGACUUUAAGAAGGAGGCUACAAAUGUUGAGUCCUUUAGGAGAUACUUGGAAGCUAUGGGACUCACGAGGCAGGCUACAGCUCCAAAAGUAUAUCAGCAGUACAGUACCAGACGGGUUCUUACGAUGGAGAGACUUUAUGGAGUCCCUCUCACAGACUUGAACUCCAUAAACUCACUUGUUCCAAAUCCAGAGACUAGUCUUAUAACUGCCUUAAAUGUCUGGUUUGGUAGCUUGCUUGCAUGUGAAACCUUUCACGCGGACGUACAUGCAGGAAAUUUGUGGUUACUACGUGAUGGUCGCAUUGGGUUCCUUGACUUUGGAAUUGUUGGGCGAAUUUCUCCCAAAACAUGGGCUGCCAUGGAAGUAUUUCUACAAUCACUAGCAACUGAAGAAUAUGAGUCCAUGGCCUCAUCCCUGAUCGAUAUGGGUGCUACAAGCACAGAUGUGGACUCCAAGGCCUUUGCAAGAGAUCUGGAAAAGAUAUUCUCCUCCAUACAGGAUUUGGAUACAGAGAUCAUUGUUGCUGCGGCCAGAGAACCAAAUACAAAUGCAACUGCAGUUUCUGCCAAUCUUCUUGUUGAUGAGAGACAAAUGAAUGCGCUAUUUCUUGAUGUGGUUCGAGUUAGUGAAUCAUACGGUCUAAGAUUUCCUCGGGAGUUUGCACUUCUCAUGAAGCAGCUCCUGUAUUUUGAUCGAUACACAAGACUAUUGGCUCCCAAUUUGAAUAUGCUGCGGGACCAGAGGAUCACCAUUGUUUCAAAUCAGAGAAGCAGAAAUGUUUACCAGUGAGGUUUGUAUAGCUGCCAAUGUAAUUUUCCUGGGAAUGAUCUUUUCUUUUGGCUGAUUCAGUGAAAAUGAAUGUAUAUAUACCUACAUGUAUAAAUAUAUACAUGUAUGAAGCAUUAGUUCCAGUUCAGAUUCCUAGUACAUACUUGAAAGCAUUAUAGAAUAUGUACAUAAACAAGGAUAAAGCUGUUGGCGUCUAACCCCAGUUCACAUUCCUAGUAUUAUGUAUCUACUAAGCAUUAGCAUCUA